AUGGCGCCGCAGAAACGAAAACCAAUCGACGAUGCUUUUAUCACGACGCUUUCCGACAACGACGAAGAUCUUUGCCAAGAAGAACUGCCAGUGCUUCCAGCCAAGAAGAAGACCAAAACCAGCAAAAAUUCGAAAAAGCACAGUAAAGUCGACGAGGCAUCUGAUGAAGACAAACCUCAGGGUAUCUGGGGCCCUAAGGAUGAUGACGAUGGCGCCAUGGACUCUGACUUUGAGUUUGUCGCAGAUGAUGCGGGGGAGUUUGGCGAUGAAGAAUUCGAAGGCUGGGGAUUCGAAGGGGCUAAGAAGAAAAUGACUGAGAAGAAGGGUGUUGAUCUGGAAGAGAUCAUUCGCCGACGAAGAGAGAAGAAAACUGGAAAGACCGAUAAGUCUUUGGAAAGCGCUGAUGAAGCGGUCGAGGCUGAGAACAACCUGGACAUGACCCUGGAUGAUGGUGAUGAUGAAGUGCUUGCCGAUGAUGCCUUCGGAAUGAAUGUCGACUCUGAGACUGAAGAGCAGGAGGAAGAAGCAGAAGCAGAUGACGGAAAAGACACGGAUGCCUCGGACAAGGCUGAUGCCAAUGACGAUGACCACGACGACGAGCCCGCUUCCGACAAUGACUCCGUGGCUACACCAGAGGCUCACCCCGACGAUGCGGCUUCUGACGCCAGCGACGGUGAGGAAGAUGCCGAGGAGGAAGCGAAACGGGCCGCCUUCUUUGCCCCCGAGGAGGGACACAAGUCGGGCAAGACAAUAGACCUUUCUUCGUUCCAAGGCAUGUCGUUAUCUCGACCUAUCCUGCGUGGCCUGGCCGCCGUUGGCUUCACCAAGCCCACGCCUAUCCAAGCCAAGACUAUUCCUAUUGCUCUCAUGGGAAAGGAUCUUGUUGGUGGAGCCGUGACUGGUUCUGGCAAAACUGGUGCCUUUUUCGUUCCCAUCCUAGAACGACUACUGUUUCGCCCUAAAAAGAUCCCGACCACUCGCGUCGUUGUUCUCACGCCGACCCGUGAAUUGGCCAUGCAGUGUUGCGAUGUGGGCACAAAGCUGGCUCGCUAUACUGAUAUCAAGUUUUCCUUGGCUGUCGGCGGUCUCAGCCUAAAGGCACAGGAGGUCGAGCUUCGUCUACGGCCUGAUGUCAUUGUUGCCACGCCGGGUAGAUUUAUUGACCACAUGAGGAACUCGGCCAGUUUCAACGUCGACACUGUCGAGAUCUUGGUUCUUGAUGAAGCCGAUCGCAUGCUGGAGGAUGGAUUCGCAGACGAACUCAAUGAAAUUCUCACGACAUUGCCCAAAUCAAGACAGACCAUGCUGUUUUCGGCCACCAUGACCUCAACCGUGGAUCGUCUGAUUCGAGUUGGACUGACCAAGCCUGUGCGGCUCAUGGUUGAUUCACAAAAGAGGACUGUGACCACAUUGGUACAAGAGUUUGUUCGACUACGACCAGGGAGAGAAGACAAGCGGAUGGGAUAUCUUGUACAUCUUUGCAAGGCAUUUUAUCAGGAGAGGGUUAUUAUUUUCUUCCGUCAGAAGAAGGAAGCUCACAGGGCGCGCAUUAUUUUCGGCUUGCUAGGCCUAUCGUGUGCCGAAUUACACGGUAGCAUGAACCAGUCACAGCGUAUUUCCAGCGUUGAAGCAUUCAGAGACGGCAAAGUUUCGUAUCUACUGGCCACAGAUCUUGCUUCGCGUGGUCUGGAUAUCAAAGGCGUCGACACAGUUAUCAACUACGAAGCACCUCAGUCCCUCGAAAUUUACGUUCAUCGUGUCGGCCGCACGGCUCGCGCGGGGCGGAAGGGCACAGCGGUGACUCUGGCGGCCGAGGGCGACCGCAAGGUUGUCAAGGCUGCCGUCAAGGCUGGAAGGACACAAGGUGCAAAGAUUACGAGCAGAGUCAUUGCCCCCGCAGAUGCAGAUAAGCUGCAAGAAGAAAUUGACGGCAUGGAGGAUGAAAUUAACGAAAUCAUCCAGGAAGAAAAGGAGGAGAGGCAACUGGCACAAGCAGAGAUGCAAGUAAAGAAGGGCGAAAAUUUGAUUGAGCACGAGGCGGAGAUCAAGUCAAGACCGAAGAGGACUUGGUUUGAGACGCAGCACGACAAGAAGAAGGCUAAGCAAGCCGGCAAGGACGAACUCAAUGGCUUGCGUGAGUCGCUGAAGAAGAAAGGCAGCGGAAAGUUGAGCAACAAGGACAAGAAGACGCUUGACGCUAAAGCCAUGCGAUCGGGGGGGAGGUUAUGGAAGAAGGGCAAAGGGGACGCGGAGGCGCACAAGGGCAAGGGCCCGGGGAAGGCGAAGGGAAAGGCAAAGGGUAGAACCAAAGGCAAGCGGUAG